GCUCAACGCAUGAUAUUCAAGACAUUUGAUGGAACAAAUUAUGCAAUUAAAAGAUAUUUGAAUUGUGAGCCUGGGAGAAUGGGCACUCAAAUCAUUUUGUUGGUGCUGCUGGCGGGAAUGAUAGGUUUGGUGACCUCUCAGACCACAGGAUCCUUUUACCCAGUGUCUGGAACAGCAAAUGGUCGAAUAGAUGAUGGAAGCUCUUCUCUUAUUGUCCUGCAGCGACCGUUUGUCUAUUUUGGACGGCAGUACAAUCAGAUAUAUGUUAACAACAAUGGACACUUGACCUUUGACGCUGCAUGGCACAGGUAUGUUCCCUACCGGUUCCCAGGAAAUGCAUCCAGAGAUCUCAUAGCUCCAUUCUGGACGGAUCUGGACAACAGGCAGAAUGGUCAAGUCUUAUAUAAUCAGUACACCAGUGGCAGUGUCCUCCAGCGGGCUACACAAGACAUCAAUACCUACUUCCCAAACCUUAAUUUUGUUGCCAACUGGAUCUUUGUUGCCACGUGGUACGAGGUCGCCUACUUUCCAACAUCAGGAACACGGACAACCGUCCAGGCAGUGUUGAUCUCCGGUGGACAGUACUCAUUUGUGCUGAUGAACUACGGGACAAUAGCCCAAACAUCUCGCAGUGUACAGGCUGGCUAUGACACAAUCAGCUCCCGCCACUACUUCUCCAUCCCUGGGUCAUUCUCCAGCACAGCCACAGGCAGUAACUCAGUUUUCAGACAGGGCAGCAAUGUCAAUGCACCUGGUCGCUGGGCUUUUCGGACAGACAGUGGAACAAGAGGCUGUAAUGUUUCUGGCUCCACCAUCCCGCUGGGUCGUUCAUUCUGGAGCGACAGCAUCUGCACACGGUUGUGCACCUGCACCUCUCAAGGUGUGCAAUGUCAGAGCCAAACUUGUGCCUUUUCCCAAAUCUGCCGGCCAAGUGAUGUUCAGUUCUCCUGCCAGACAAUACAGAGGCGCACCUGCACCAUUGCUGGCGAUCCACACUACUAUACCUUCGAUGGAACUGUGUUUCAUUUCCAGGGCACUUGCACUUAUGUCCUCUCUGAGCAGUGUGGUCAUGGGCUGCCCUACUAUCGUGUUGAGGGCAAGAACGAGCACCGAGGCAGCACCCGCGUGUCUUGGACACGCCUGGUCAAAGUGUAUGUCUAUGAUGAAAAAAUCGAGCUUGCCAAAGGACAUCGUGCGGAGGCACUGGUAAAUGGAACCUUUGCUAGCACUCCAUUCUCCCUCAGGAACGGCAGCAUCCAGGUCUAUCAGUCAGGUUUCUCUGUUGUUGUCAGCACUGACUUUGGCUUGGUGGUAUCUUAUGAUGCCAACCACUACGUCAGGAUCAGUGUGCCCUACAGUUACCAAAAUGCCACAUGUGGCCUGUGUGGAAAUUUCAACAAUCAUCGUGGGGAUGACUUUCGAACACGCCAAGGCCAGGUUGUCAGCUCUGAUGUUACUUUUGCCAAUAGCUGGCAAGCACUAGGGGACAGUGAGCCAGGUUGUGAAGCCCGAUGUGGGGGACGGGGCUGUAUUUCCUGCACGGCAGCCCAGACAGCUCUAUAUGGCAAUUCUGCCCAUUGUGGUAUCCUCCAGAACCGCUCUGGACCUUUUGCUGCCUGCCACCAACAACUUCCUCCAGAGAACUUUGUGGACAGUUGUGUGUAUGAUCUAUGUGUAGGAGGAGGGUACCAACCUAUUCUGUGCCAGGCCCUAAAUGUGUAUGCCAGCCAGUGUCAACAGAAUGGCAUACAGCUGCCAAGCUGGAGACGACAAGGCUUCUGUGAAAUCCCCUGCCCAGCCAACAGCCACUUUGAGUCAGAAGGAACAGGAUGUCCCUCUACCUGUGUGAACACCAAUGCUUCCCAUAACUGCCCUAUUCCUGCUCAAGAGAGCUGCAUCUGCAACUCUGGAUAUGUCCUGAGUGCUGAGGUCUGCGUGCCUCUUGCCCAGUGUGGCUGCACUUUUGAAGGCCGCUACUAUCGCUCUGGACAAACAGCGAUACUAGAUGAGGACUGUGGGAGGCGCUGUACCUGCAGAUCUGGCUCCAUGACCUGCCACUCCCAUGGUUGUGAACCGCUGGAGUCUUGCAGUGUGGAGGACGGAGAAAGAGGGUGCAGACCUACCAGCUAUGCAACAUGCUGGAUAAGGGGCCCAGGGUCUUAUAAUACGUUUGAUGGACAGAGAUACCAGUACCCCGGUGCAUGUCGACUUACUCUAACUAGAGUAAUGGGAUUGUCCCAUCACCCUCAUUUCAUGGUGACAGCAGAAAAGGUGCCCAGAGGCCAGCAGGGUUUUGCACGUUUGCUGAAGUUUGAGGCAGAGGGGACACAAGUGUCAAUUGAGAUAGGAGGUAGUAGCAGAGUACAUGUUGAUGGUCAGCUCAUCAGACUACCCUUCAGCUCAGCAUCCAACCGAAUUCGUGUCUACCAUAACAACAUUCACAGUAUCAUCCUUCACACGUCCUUUGGUGUGACUGUGCAAACAGUCUGGCCUCACUUUGUGCGUAUCACUGCACCAGGCGUCUACAAUGGUUCCCUUGGCGGACUCUGUGGAAACUACAAUGGUCACCAACACGAUGAUUUCCGUACACCAAAUGGUAUCCUGGUCAACAGUUCUCAGAGCUUCGGAGACAGCUGGCGAGAUGGCUCCCUCGCAGCACACUGCGUGGAGAGAGGAGACAGGGUGGCUGAGGGGAACACAACAAAUUAUAAUUCUAGUCAGUACUGUGGCAUCAUCGCAUCGUCGAGCGGGCCAUUCACCGCAUGUUGGAACAUGGUGAACCCACAGGAGCAUGUAGAGGAGUGUAUGGCAAUCUUGAGGGGCUCUAGAGACCCAUCAGCUGUGCUCUGUGAGGUCCUGAGAGAUUAUGCACUCAUGUGCCAACAGGCUGGCAUUGCCUUAGGAGACUGGAGAAAUGCAACUGGAUGUGAACAAACCUGCCCUCCAAACAGCCACUACGAAGAAUGUGGAACCUCAUGCCCUUCCACUUGCCCCAGCCUGUCAUUCCCCUUCUCCUGUGUCACUGUGUGCCAAGAGGGGUGCCAGUGUGAUGAUGGAUUUGUCCUCAAUGGUAAUCAGUGUGUGCGACCCACUGCCUGUGGUUGCCACCAUGAAGGGCGCUAUCGGCAAGGUGGUGAGCAAUUCUGGGUUGGUGAGGAGUGUCAGAGCUUCUGCACCUGUAAUGGCAUCACAGGGACAGUCCACUGUACCCCCCACACCUGCACUGCCCAGGAGUCCUGCCGUGUGGUGGAGGGUGACUUUGGCUGCCAUCCCAGCCCCCGUGGCACCUGUUCUGCCUCCGGGGACCCCCACUACCUCACCUUUGAUGGCAAGGCCUAUGACUUCCAGGGAACCUGCCGCUACGUUCUGGUGACCCUGUGCAAUAACACUGACGGGCUGCAUCAUUUUCAAGUGGAGGCCAAGAAUGAGCCGUGGAGAGGGUUACCAGUUUCAAUCACAGCCGAAGUGUUUGUUGAUGUGUGGGGCUACCGAGUGCAUAUGUCAAGGGAGAGGCGCGGUGUGGUACAAGUGGACGGCAUAACCAGUAGUUUACCUAUUCUCCUGAAUGGCAGUCGUGUUUCCAUCUAUGCAAGUGGACACCGAACAUUUGUCAGUGCUGAUUUUGGUGUGAGUGUCAGUUACGAUGGAUGGAGUACGGUGUCUAUCUCCGUGCCUUCUAAUUACAGUGGAAAAACAUGUGGGCUUUGCGGGAACUUCAAUGGAGACAGAAAUGACGAGUUCCUCACCCCCUCUGGAGUAAUGGUCACCACUCCCUCUCAGUUUGGCUCGGCUUGGAAAGUGGCAGACAACCACACAUGCAGUGAUGGCUGUGGCUCAUCCUGCCCACGUUGUGCCAAUGAGUCUCCUGCUAGGGCCCAGUGUGAGGUGAUUCGGGCAGCUGAGGGCCCCUUCAGCUUCUGCCAUGAAGAGGUGGACCCAGAGCCAUAUUUCAGUGACUGUGUGUUUGAUGUGUGUAUCUCAGGAAACAGAGGUCAAGAUCUUCUGUGCAGGGCCAUUGAGGCAUAUGUCAGUGCCUGUCAGUCUGCUAACGUUCGAAUCUACCCUUGGAGGCAGAGCACCACCUGCAGGCUUGACUGUCCAGCCAACAGCCAUUAUGAGCUGUGUGGUACAGACUGUGGGCACACCUGUGCCAGCAGCAUCGAUGCCAGCUGUGAGAGAGAAUGUUCUGAGGGAUGUUUCUGUGAUGAGGGCUUCCUGAGGAGUGGAGGAAGGUGUGUCCCUGUGGAAAGCUGUGGCUGCCAAUACGAUGGGUUCUACUACAAUGCUGGUGACUUUUUCUGGACACAAGGCUGUUCCCAGCGAUGUGAAUGCUACGCCCCCAAUGACCUGCGAUGUUCUGCAGCAUCUUGUACCUCCACACAGGAGUGCACCAUCAGAAAUGGCCAACUGGGCUGCUUCGAUGCAUGGUCCACCUGUACCGUGUGGGGCGACCCGCACUACGUCACCUUCGAUGGCGCAGUGGCUCAUUUCCAGGGCACAUGCUCUUACAUCAUCACUGAGAGUGUGAGGGGCAGCACCAACAGCACCCAUUUCCGAGUAGUAGCCACUAAUAAUCACCGGGGCAACAACCGUGUGUCAUUUGUGUCGACUGUGGACAUAUACCUCUCAAAUCAAUCAGAGAUUGUCCAUGUCAGGAUUGAACCCAGCAAAAGAGUGAAGGUAAAUGGUGGUGCAGUUUCACUUCCCACCCCUGCAGGAACUCUAGCUCAGGUGAUGAGGCAGGGAAGCUACGUGGUGGUAAACACCGAUAACAUCAUAGUUCAGUUUGAUGGCCGAAGUACUUUGCUGGUCAGACUGGGCCAGAGCCAUCGUGACACAGUGACUGGCAUGUGUGGAAACUUCAAUGGUGAUGCUGCAGAUGACAAAGUCUUGCCCAAUGGCACGAUGGCAAGGAAUGACAAUGACUUUGGGGAUGGUUGGAAGUCAUCCACCAGCCAGCCAGGAUGUGGAUCCACAGAUGAUCGUAGUGGUGGUGGAGUGGAUGACUGCCCCUUCACGGAGGAGUACUCUAAUCUCUGCAGUAUCAUCACCAACACUACUGGGCCAUUCAGCACCUGCCACCUGCACUCAGACCCCCAACCAUUUUUUACUGCCUGUGUCUACGAUCUCUGCCUCUACACCCCAGCCAAUGGCAUGCUGUGUUCUGCUGUGUCAGCCUAUGAGAGAGCCUGCUCCAUUUUGGGGUUGGAUAUUCCCUCAUGGCGUUCUGAUUUGCUGUGUGCGGAGUCAGACCCCUGUGAUCAGCUGGACUGCACAGACUAUGAGUGGUGUGGGGAGAAGGAUGGAGUUUACGGCUGCUUCUGCGAUGAGAGACACCAUCGGCCCAACAAUGAGAGUUAUGAUUCAUCCAUCUCCUGUGUUAGUAGCUCAGGCAGCAUGUCUGUGUCCCGCUGCCAGCUGUUUGAAGCCGGCUUCCAUCCCGAUGCCCUCCACCUCAGGGACCAUUCCUGCAACGGGACUGUCCAGGACGGACGACUCAUAUUCCACUUUGAUAAUGACGAGCAGCUGUGUGGGACAGUUCUCAGGAGCAAUGGAACCCACUUCAUUUACGAGAACACCGUCCAGGGUGAUGUGGACCCCCAUGAGGGGCUGAUCAGCCGCCAGAGGAACAUCCACUUGCGCUUCUGCUGCGAGUAUCCCCUGAGCCAGUCACUGUCUAUGAACGUGGGCAUCAACCCUGUAGAAAGCAUUGUGAGCAAGAAGCUUCCAGCUGGUCAAGGUCGCUAUCAUAUGAGGAUGAUCCCCUAUCAGGAUGCUGGUUUCCGCUUUCCCUUCACCACUUCCAGCAACAUAGAAAUGGAAGUGGACCAAAGGUUGUAUGUGGAGCUGCGGACAGAUGGAAUUGACAGUCGGCAGAUUUCCACCGUUCUGGACUCCUGUUGGGCCACACCUGUCAAUCUGGCCAGCUACCCUGUCCGAUGGGAUCUCCUCAUCUCACAGUGUCCCAACGAAGCAGACGGUACAGUGGAGCUGCUGCAGAAUGGCAUCUCCACUGUGUCCCGUUUCUCCUUCAAGAUGUUCACCUUCACCAACUUUUCCACGAUCUACCUACACUGCCAGGUCCACCUGUGUCUUCUGAGACACAACAACUGCACCGCUCGCUGCUACCCAGGAUAUCACGUGAGGGUUUCUAGGGAUGUGUCCUUCCAUGACACUGCAGCCAUCUCUGUGGGACCUCUGUUCUUGAAGCACAGUGACCAAGACCUUCUGCUUCAUUCUGAUACAAGAAAAGCAAAAUCAAGUGAUGCUCCGUUCCAGUUUGCCUCCCUGGUGACUCUGCUCGUCAGUGCACUGACUGCCACAGCUCUGAUUUAGGAAGAUCACGGAUACACACACAGGCCGACAAAUACAUAUGUCCAAAUAUAUUAUUCUUUACUUGUACUUUAAUCACUGGGCAGUAACUAUAGCACCCAAAAUACUGCAGGAAUUAGAAUUUACUAUGGUUUUUACUUCUGCUAUGAUAUAGUUAAAAAUUACAUUUCCAAGUGUAACUGAGGGUUUACAAGGGUGGGAUUAAAGGAUGGUGAGGGAAGUUAUAACAUGCUUGAAACAAAAGAAAAACUAUGGAAUUAGAUGGUUGUUGCUAAAAUGGAUGGGAACAAUGUUGUUGGGAACAAUUUUUUAAUGGUAAAGAUAAUUACAGAUAUUCAUGAUAUAGUUUGCCAUGGUUUGUUGUUGAUCAUAUUGUUUCUUUCUUUUUGUACUUGCUAAUGAAGGGAAAAUUUAAGUCAUGAAAAGGAAAAUUGAAGUAUUUUUUGUGUACAACAGUAGGGGGCAGCACACACACACACUUUAGCAUGGGAUCUACAUCUCCUUGUUACUAUUUCCAGUGCAUGGUGUUUGUUGAUUGCAUCCUGCGGUCAAUUGCUGUGAUUAUCACUAGGUAAUGUCUUAAAGUCUGUUAUGUAAGUGUUUCAUGUAUAAAGAAGGUGCAGAUAACAAA